GGAGGGAGGGAGGGAAGGAGGGGAGCUGUCCGGAGUCCUCAAGGAAGAAAAGGCGACAAUGAUCCACGAAAUCCCGGACCAUAUCCAAAGCUUAGACAAACAUGUGAAUUCCUUUGUGGACUACAUGUUCGGUGAACGAGAUGCCAGGGUUCGGGGCUGGCCGCUGCUGGAUUCCUAUCUCCCCACUUUCUUCCUCACCCUCUUGUAUCUUUCCACCAUCUGUCUCGGGACACAGUACAUGAGGAAGAGGCCGGCCUACACUCUCAGGAGCUUGCUGAUCACCUACAACUUUGGAGUCAUGCUCCUCUCCCUCUACAUGUUCGUCGAGUUGGUUUCGGCGAGCUGGGAAGGUCGUUACAAUCUGCUGUGUCAGAAUCUUCACAGCGCUGGCACAGCUGACGUUCGGGUGGCCAAGGUGCUGUGGUGGUACUACUUUUCCAAGGUCAUUGAAUUUAUGGACACGAUAUUUUUUAUCUUGCGGAAAAAGACCAGUCAGAUUACCUUUCUUCAUGUGUACCACCAUGCGUCGAUGUUCAACAUCUGGUGGUGUGUCCUCAACUGGAUUCCAUGUGGUCAGAGCUUCCUGGGACCAACACUCAACAGUUUUAUCCAUGUUCUCAUGUACUCCUAUUACGGCCUCUCCACCAUCCCAGCUAUGCAUCCGUACCUCUGGUGGAAAAAAUACCUCACCCAAGCCCAGCUGGUACAAUUCAUACUCACAAUUGCCCACACACUCAGUGCAGUGGUAAAGCCCUGUGGCUUUCCAUCAGGUUGCCUGCUCUUCCAGUCGUCUUAUAUGGCCACUCUUGUACUGCUCUUCAUCAACUUCUACAGGAAGACGUACAGCAGAACACAACGCAAGGAGACGGCUGCGAACACUUUCAGUCGAUUAAACAACGGUUACUGCAAAACCAUCAACGGCAGCCCUUCCAUGAAGGAGGAUUAAUAUCCGUACAGUCCGCGCAUCAGUGUCUCACCACCAAGCUGUAUUUGCACAUGCUUCCUACAGACCAGCGCUAAGAUAGCAAGUGAAACUAAUCACGUGCUGGUUUACAAAUCCUGUCACUGUAUAGCCUAAAAAAAAUGUCAAUGAUUGCAUUCUCAAUCCUAGAUUGGUUUUAGAGGAAUGUACCUCACCCUAGAAAAUCACCUGAAAUUAAUAACUGUGUAUGAAGGAACUGCAGAUGCUGGUUUAAACCGAAGGUAGACACAAAAUGCUGGAGUAACUCAGCAGGACAGGCAGCAUCGCUGGAGAGACAAUAGACAAUAGGUGCAGGAGUAGGCCCUGCGAGCCAGC